AUGUCAUGGUUGUCAAAAGUAAGCGAUAUUGCUGGAGCGGCCGAGAAUUUAUUGAAUAAACUUGACGAAAAAACCGGAGAUGCGAUACAACAAGCAAAGUCGAAUCGCACCAGAAAGUUGAGCAAUUCUUCUACUGUUAUCAGUAUUCCUGUAAGUAAAACAUUGUAUCCACCCUUUUGAAUAUGAAAUUUCGCAUUUUGUUCAGGAAAAUCUUGUGACGGAAGAUUUUGGAAAACCUUCUGCAUCAAUUCCUUCUCGUGCAUACAGUGAGUAUACUGGUGGAAAUAGAAAAACAGCGACAGCAAAAGAGUGAGUGGACGUGAGCUUUUUAUUCAAUACAAAUUGUUUUGUUCUAGAAGUACUUCUGUAACUCAACCAUGUAUGAAUACUUCAACUGCAUCAGAAAGUUGGACAAUGGUGUUAGGUUCAAAAGAGGAAGAAAACUCGUCAACAAGCAAAACUACAUGUAAGUUGUUAUCUCUUUAUUUUUAUAUUAUUAGUGUUUUUAAGCUGAAGUAGGACAUGAGCCAAAUCCAUUGAAAUCUCAAUUGUGGGUGAAAGAAUCACAGAUUACUAUGAUGAAGGCUAAAUUAACAGUGAGUUCAUGUUUCGAAAAUCAUUUCUAUUUAAUGAUUCAUAUUUCAGGAAUUGGAGAAAAAGUUAGAAAAACGCGGACAAGAUUAUUAUGAAAUGAAAGCGGAAAAAGAAAUGCUGGAAAGGCGACUAGAAAAAACUCCAAUUGUUUCAUCACAAGUCGAAUCGGAUAGUUUACAAGAAUUGAAACUAGCUCGCAAAAAAGAUUCAAGAUCAAAAAGAUUUAGCAGUUGAGGAAUGUAAUAUGAUGAAAAGAAAAAUAAUUGGAUUAGAAGAAGAAAUUCGAGCAAUGGUUGAACAAUUGAGAUUGGCAAAGUUUAAUUUGAAUGAAAAUAAGAAAGAGUUUGAUGAAUAUAAGAAUAAGGCACAAAAAAUUCUAACAGCGAAAGAAAAAUUGGUUGAAUCAUUGAAAUCGGAGGUUGGUUAUAUUUAUUUUUUUAUUUUGUAUUCUAUUUUUGUUUUAGCAAGGCAUUGGAUCUGGUGGAGAAAGAUCUUCUCAUCUUUUUCAAGCUGAAGUUGAAGAAAUUCGAGUUGAAAGAGAUUUGGCAAAAUCAGAUUUGGAAUCUACACAACUUCAAAUUUAUACAUUGAGAUCUGAUAUGGAAGAAUUGGAAGUUCAAAUCAGAGAUUUACAAUCACAGUUAGCCGAACAAACGAGAACAAAUCUUGAAGAACGUCAAACUUGGGAAACAACUAAUUCAUUGUUAAAUGAAAAAGUUGAUUGUGCAAGAGUUGAAAAUGAUUUUAUAAAACAAGAAAUGAAAAGGCAAAAUGAUAUUUAUCAAACAAAACUUCAAGAAAAAGAUAUGGAAAUUCGAAAAAUUAUGGAACAAUCUCGUGUGAAAUUAAGAGAUGAACAAGCAAAAACAUCGAUUGAUGAAGGAAAUACACAAUUGGCUGAAUUAUUAUUACAAAAACAACAACAAUUAGAAGAAGUUCAAAGGAAUAAUCAUAUGUUAAAUGUUCGAUUGAAUCGUUUACAGGUUUGUAUUUUAUAACAUUUUAUAUGUGCAAACACAAAACGGUGGUGUAUAUUUCAGAAAGCUUCAACAAGCGAUACAUCUGUAAAUAUGGAUUCUUCACCGGUUCAUAAUAAUACACAACUUCAAUUUCCUUCUUCAAAUAAUUCAUUUAUUUCUUCAAUUAAACACGAUCAAACUCGUCAAGCAAUUCAAGCAAUCGAUUCAAAUGCAUUUAAAAUUCUUUCAAUGUUGAGAAAUCAUCCAACUUCUCGACUUUUUUUCAUUUUAUAUUUUAUUAUAAUGCAUGCUUGGCUCUUUUUUAUUGUUCUAACAUAUACCCCGGAAAUUCAUUAA